AAGGCACUCGAUCUAAUGCCACCCGGAUUCGCCAAGGCCGCGCCCCUCAAAACAAACCCACGCUAUGGGAGCUUUCGAUUUGCUGGAGUGAAGGUGUGUCAUCGAGUCUGACUCUGACGCAGGUUGGUCUCUACCCUCUAUGAAUAGAAAAACGGGAUUCGCGGCGCUGUGAGCGGAAAUAAUCACAUUUUAUAGCGGAGGUUCGCAAUAAACAGUUGGAUGGUGAAAGGCUGUUAGUUUUGGGGGGAGUUCUUGAGGGUUCACACAAAGCGUGUUGCUGAGCUUCACCUUCCGCUAUUCACCGACUCAUGAAUAUGAAUUAAGUGGAAGACUUAAAGAAACCGAAGUGCCAGUGCUUUGAGAUUCAAUAGCUACUUGAGACAAGGCGAGCGAAAGCAUCACCGGGCGACACAGUAUUGUUUCAGACUUGAUUUGUUGCUUAAAAUACAACAAGUGUUUUAUAGCUCUCCAUCAUGGCAUUGAGAGGACCGCUUUCCAGAUUGUUGAGAUCCACGCUGAGUUCCUGUCAACAGAACAGAUCACAUUCUGUUGCGAUUUUGGGAGCUCCCUUUUCCAAAGGACAGAAAAGGAGAGGGGUGGAGCAUGGACCCAAAGCCAUCCGGGAUGCUGGUGUGGUGGAGAGACUUUCAAAUCUUGAUUACCCUGUGCAUGACUUUGGAGACCUGAGCUUCCAGCAUCUGGAAAAGGAUGAGCCCUUUAUGCACGUCCCAUUCCCGCGCACAGUCGGACGAGCCAGUCAGCUUCUGUCGGGAGCUGUGAGCAGUGCAGUGGGGGCGGGACACACCUCCAUUAUGCUGGGGGGAGACCACAGUUUAGCAAUUGGCUCAGUGGAAGGCCACGCCAAACAGUGCCCUGACCUGUGUCUGAUAUGGGUCGACGCCCAUGCAGAUGUCAACACACCUCUGACUUCACCUUCUGGAAACCUUCACGGCCAGUCUGUGGCAUUCUUACUGAGAGAGCUGCAAGACAAGAUGCCAAAGGUUCCUGGGUUUUCUUGGAUGAAGCCUUUCCUGGCUGCCAGAGAUUUGGUCUACAUCGGCCUCAGAGAUGUUGAUCCAGGCGAACAUAUCAUUCUGAAGACUCUUGGAAUUCAGUACUUCUCCAUGCGUGAUAUUGACAGAAUGGGCAUUCAAAGAGUUAUGGAGGUCACACUGGAUCACCUACUGGCAAGAAAACAAAGGCCUAUUCACCUGAGCUUUGAUAUUGAUGCGUUUGACCCAUCUCUGGCUCCUGCCACUGGAACUCCUGUUAACGGUGGACUGACCUACAGAGAAGGCAUCUACAUCACAGAGGAGAUCCACAACACAGGUUUACUGUCUGCGAUGGACCUGGUUGAAGUGAACCCCACACUGGGAGCGACACCUGAGGCUGUGGAGGCCACGGCUAGCCUAGCCGUUGAUGUCAUUGCAUCAGCUCUCGGUCAGACGCGCGAGGGUGCACAUGUCGCCUUCCAGAAAAUUCCAGAAUCAAAAGAGGACACUGAACUACGGCUGUAGUUCACCAGAUAUUAACUGAAGACUUUGAUAAAAUAGUAUGAACCACUUUCGAGGAGAAGUCAACGACUUUGCAUUCCAAAGCCUAAAACAACGAAAUGAGAGGUUUGCAGAGACUAAGACCAGAUGAAAUCUUUUAUUCAAAGGUUUUUGUAGUCAUGGUCAAAAUAUUGUUUCCUCAGCAGUAAAGUGAUAUGCACAUGGAUGAGAUUUGUUAUAUGUGACCCUGGAUCACAAAACCAGUCUUAAGUAGCACGGGAACAUUUUUAGUAAAAGACAAAAAUACAUUGUGUGGGUCAAGAUUAUCGAUUUUUCUUUUAUGCCAAAAAUCAUUAGGAUAUUAAGUAAAGAUCAUGUUCCAUGAAGAUAUUUUGUAAAUUUCCUACCUUAAAUAUAUAAAAACUUUAUUUUUGUGAGUGGAUGGUCUGCCACAGUGCCCCUGAUUAACAACUUCAAAGGCAAUUUUCUCAAUAUUUUGAUUUUUUUGCACUCUCAGAUUCCAGAGUUUUAAACGGUUGUAUCUCACCCAGAUUUUGUCCUAUUCUAUCAACUCAUACAUCAAUAGAACGUUUAUUUAUUCAGCUUUCAGAUUAUGUACAAAUCUCAAUUUCGACAAAUUGACCCAUAAGACUGGUUUUGUUGUCCAGGGUCACAUAUUGUUCUGAGAAGCCCAGGGAGGGUUUAGCAGAAUGCAGAGACAGGAGUCUCCAAUAAACACAAACCACCCACUAAUUUCAGGUUGUCAAAAAAGGCAAGAUCUAAUUUCUCUGUCUUAAUGUGGACUGAUCUUUCUGAAAUAUAAAUAUUUGUAAUUAGUGAUACUACCAAUAACGUUAUCGGGUUAGUGUGUAGCUACAGAUAACACUCAGAGAUUAAUGCAAGAUAACAAAAGACAAAAAGAAAAUGUGUGCGCAAUAAAUCUUUUUAAGUCCGAGAUAAUCUUUGGGUAGAAUUUAGUGUCAGACGUAUUGAAUUUGACUAAUUGAAACCUGUUUGCACUUUUGGACCAGAUCUGGUUUGUUGUAUUAAUAUGUUUGCUUUGUUUUUUAUUUUAAUAGUAGAGAGGCUUUCAGUAGCUAAUUUAAUCCUGAGUUGGUUCGGUUAGAACUGGGUGACUUUUUUAUUAGUGUUUUAAGUAAGUUAUUUAAUUAUGUUGUUUGACAAAUCUGUAAUAAAUUCAUUUUGUACUCAUUCAGAUCUGAUUUCACAACCCCCAGUAGCAUUUUCAAAGUGACAUGUAGUUUCUGUUGUAUUUUCCUACUUCUUUGAAAAAUGUUUUGUCAUAAUAAACUAUUUUAUUGAAAA